AUGUCGAAGCGGCUCCGGAGCAGCGAGAUGUGCGCCGACUGCAGCGGGCCGGAUCCUUCCUGGGCAUCAGUAAACAGGGGGACUUUUAUAUGCGACGAGUGCUGCAGCGUCCACCGGAGUCUGGGGCGCCACAUCUCUCAAGUAAGGCAUCUGAAGCACACGCCGUGGCCGCCUACGUUGCUGCAGAUGGUUGAAACCUUAUAUAAUAAUGGUGCUAACUCAAUAUGGGAGCAUUCUUUGCUGGAUCCUGCCUCUAUUAUGAGUGGAAGACGUAAAGCUAAUCCACAGGAUAAAGUACAUCCUAAUAAAGCGGAAUUCAUCAGAGCCAAGUAUCAGAUGUUAGCAUUUGUUCAUCGUUUGCCCUGCCGGGAUGAUGAUAGUGUGACUGCCAAAGAUCUCAGUAAGCAACUCCAUUCAAGCGUGAGAACAGGGAAUCUUGAAACCUGUUUGAGGCUGUUAUCUUUAGGAGCACAAGCCAACUUCUUUCACCCUGAAAAAGGAAACACCCCACUCCAUGUUGCCUCCAAAGCAGGACAGAUUUUACAGGCGGAAUUACUGGCGGUAUAUGGAGCAGACCCAGGCACUCAGGAUUCCAGUGGGAAAACUCCUGUUGAUUAUGCAAGGCAAGGAGGGCACCAUGAGCUGGCAGAUCGCCUUGUAGAAAUACAGUAUGAGCUGACGGACAGACUAGCCUUUUAUCUCUGUGGCAGGAAACCAGAUCACAAAAAUGGACAGCACUUUAUAAUACCUCAAAUGGCAGACAGCAGCCUGGAUUUGUCUGAAUUGGCAAAAGCUGCUAAGAAGAAACUUCAAUCUCUAAGUAAUCACUUGUUUGAAGAACUUGCCAUGGAUGUGUACGAUGAAGUUGACAGGCGAGAGACUGAUGCAGUCUGGCUUGCCACGCAAAACCACAGCACCCUGGUGACCGAGACCACCGUCGUUCCCUUCCUUCCGGUCAACCCCGAGUACUCAUCCACACGGAACCAGGGCAGACAGAAAUUAGCUCGGUUUAAUGCACAUGAGUUUGCUACGCUGGUUAUUGACAUUCUCAGUGAUGCCAAGAGGAGACAGCAAGGCAGUCCUCUCUCUGGUUCAAAAGACAAUGUGGAGCUCAUACUGAAAACCAUCAAUAACCAGCAUACUAUUGAGAGUCAAGACAAUGACCAGCCGGACUAUGACAGUGUGGCGUCAGAUGAAGACACAGAUCUGGAAGCCACUGCCAGCAAGGCCAACAGGCAGAAGAGCCUAGAUUCAGAUUUAUCAGAUGGACCAGUCACUGUGCAGGAAUUUAUGGAGGUCAAAAACGCUCUAGUGGCUUCUGAGGCCAAGAUACAACAGCUAAUGAAGGUGAAUAACAACUUGAGUGACGAGCUGAGAAUUAUGCAGAAAAAGCUUCAAACACUGCAGAGUGAAAAUUCGAACCUCAGGAAACAGGCCUCAACCAAAAUAUAUCAGGUGCAAACGGGUUCUGAGUACCCAGAUACUUCCAACCAUUCUUCCUUAAAGCGACGUCCGUCUGCCCGGGGCAGUAGACCCAUGUCCAUGUACGAGACGGGAUCGGGUCAGAAGGCGUAUCUCCCAGUGGGGGAAGCAAACCACCCCGAAGAGAGCAGGACGAGGCUGCAGCCGUUCCCUGCACACAUCGGGAGGAGUGCACUUGUGACCUCCUCUUCAUCUCUGCCUUCCUUCCCCUCCACACUUUCCUGGUCCAGGGACGAAAGCACCCGAAGGGCGUCCAGGCUGGAGAAGCAGAACAGCACGCCUGAAAGUGACUAUGACAACACGCCCCACGACACGGACGCAGAUGACAUGGGGUCAAGCAGGAAGGGGAGGCAGAGGAGUAUGGCGUGGCAAGGCGAUGGCUCGAUACCAGAUAUGGCAGAGCCCUCCAUGGCCCCAAGCCCCAGCCUCCCCAGCACCGAAGACGUCAUCCGGAAAACUGAGCAGAUCACCAAAAACAUCCAGGAACUCUUGCGAGCAGCCCAGGAAAACAAACAUGACAGUUACAGUCCCUGCUCAGAGAGGAUACACCUGGCUGUUACAGAAAUGGCAGCGUUAUUUCCCAAAAAACCCAAGUCUGACACGGUGAAGACUUCCCUCCACUUGCUGACAUCCAGUGCCUACCGCCUGCAGUUAGAAUGCAAGAAGGCCCUUCCAGGAGACUGCAGCCCGCCCUCGGACAUCCAGCUGGUCACCCAGCAGGUCAUCCAGUGUGCCUACGACAUCGCCAAGGCCGCCAAGCAGCUGGUCACCAUCACCACCAAAGAGAACAACAACUGA